GGAGCGGUUCUCAGAUCGGAUCCCGGAUAAUAAUCCCAGCCCUAGUCUACUGAUUACCAGGGAGCUAACCCAAUUUCGAUUAUUGACGUUGCUUGAUUGAUUUUUUUUCUUCUGGAUAAUGCGUGUAGAAGAGGUUGAGAAUCAAUAUGGCUGGGAGAGCUUCUAUACCUUCUCGCAACUCUGCCCUCAUCGCUAUGAUCGCCAAUGAGACACCGUAGUUGGAUUUUUAAUGGCUGGAGUUGGUAAUGUCGACAUCAGGAGGAAGACUACUUACCUCAUCGUUGAUUCCAAGACAACCGUGCGACAAAUUGAGGAUGCUUUCAAGGAAUUCUCAUCUAGAGAUGAUAUUGCUAUUAUCCUCAUCAGCCAAUAUGUUGCCAAUAUGAUCAGGUUCUUGGUGAACAGCUACAACAAGCCAGUUCCUGCAAUCCUGGAGAUCCCUUCCAAGGACCAUCCCUAUGAUCCUGCUCAUGAUUCUGUCCUCUCCCGUGUCAAGUACCUCUUCUCUGCCGAGUCUGUCUCACAGCGUUAAAACAUAUGCAGUCUUCAAGCUCCCCUGGGCCUCUUAUCAUUUCACUUGUUUGUUUUUUGGCAUUUACAUUCUUUUAUUUUCUCCUUCGGCACCCAUUAAUUUUUCAAUAAUGUAUAACUCCUGAUUUCUUUUUUUUACUUGGAGAUGGAUGUUCAUCUUAUUAUGACGCAGUGGUAACACCAUCUGGUUCUUUUUUU